AUGCAAAACGAUGAAUUGUAUGUAAAGCUAGUCAAAUACAAGAAUGGUCCAAUAAUGUUAGAAGAAAUCUUGGCCGACCCAACUAGCAGAGAAGCAACAAAAAUCAUGGACUAUAUUAAGAGGAAUUUGUCGCUGAUGUUUUGGGAUGUUGACAAGAAAAUCGAUGUGAGAUUCUGGACAUUUAGUCCUAGCCAUGCUUGCUAUGUAUUGGAUGGGAAUGGGAAAUGGCAAAAAGUUUGGAGGUUUAUGGUAACGAGGGGAUCAGCCGCCGACAUGCAGCACGUUACCGGGUCGCCGCAGCACUUUUGCUUGCGAUGGAACAACUACCAGACCAACUUGACCAACGUCUUCGAUCAACUUUUGCAGAGUGAGUCUUUCGUGGACGUGACUUUAGCCUGCGAUGGACAUUCGAUCAAAGCGCACAAGAUGGUCCUGUCCGCGUGCAGUCCAUAUUUCCAGUCGUUGUUUUUCGAAAACCCUUGCCAGCAUCCUAUAGUGAUUAUGAGAGACAUUAAGUGGCCAGAACUGAAAGCAGCGGUCGAAUUCAUGUACAAAGGCGAAAUAAAUGUGUCUCAAGAACAGAUCGGGCCUUUACUCAAGGUAGCAGAAACAUUGAAAAUUAGGGGUUUGGCCGACGUCAAUGGCGAACAAGACAUAGCAGCAGCUAACGCCACAGGUGACAUUAUCGCUAGACCGGCUUCGAAACCGGCACCGCCAACUCCCACAUCUGCGGCCACUCCAGAAUGGAACCGAGAAUCUCGCGCCUCUGAGCAUCACGCUCAACAGCAAAAUCAGAAUCAGCAACAAGAUCAGAACGCUCAGCGCGCUAAAAAGCGUCGCAGAUCAGGCGAGAGAAGUAGCAUCAGUAGCCCCGGCGAAAGCGCCAGCACUGAAAUUCCAGAACCUCCGACUUCUGUCGAUAUGUCACCUGUACCAUCGGCCACCCCGCUGACCACACCGGCUUCUGUCGAACCUUUGCCGUUACCGCUUACUUUGACACCGGCACAACCACCAGUUUCGCAUUCAGCUGACGAUAUGGAAAUCAAACCUGGAAUCGCUGAGAUGAUUCGUGAGGAGGAAAGGAAAAAUUUGAACAGGGAAAUUAUCACUGAAUGGGUUGUGAUGAGAGGAAAAGAUUCUGAUUUAACUGAAGCAGAGAUUAUCAAAGACACACUGAGAAGCAAUGUUGCAAAUGCUGAAUCGGACGACGAUGAAAAUGUCGAGAAUGUGAAGCAUAAAGAUGCUGUUAACGACAUCAAUUAUGCAAAAAUUGGGUUGUUCUACCAUUAG